AUGAACUGGGUAAAGAAGCUAUCAGAUACCACUGCACUUGUGCAGUCGUCAGCAGUUGACUUCUUGCAUUUGCUGUUGGUAUGUAUGGAAUGGCUUUGCUCCGAAUAUUGCAUUCCUGCCCGAUUUGUGAUCUCAAUACAUGACGAGGUUUCUUUUAAUACUAUUGUGUUGAACAGAAAACUAAAGCAAAGCAACAUUGUAUCUCAUCAAUAUAGCAACACCCUCAGUUUGGGUGGAGUCUAA